AUGAAAAAGAAUGAUGAUGGUGAGCUUAAGGAAAAACAUUGGAGUGAGUGGAGUGAUGAGGAAAAGAGAAGAGCCCAACAUGACAAAAGAGCCAAAAACAUCAUAACAUCUGCAUUGUCUAUUGAUGAAUUUUUCAGAAUUUCACAAUGCUUAUCUGCUAAAGAAAUGUGGGACACUUUGCAAGUCACUCAUGAAGGAACAAGUGAUGUAAAGAGAUCAAGAAAGCAUACUCUCAUUAGAGAAUAUGAGCUGUUUAGAAUGCAAAAUGGUGAAUCUAUUUCUGAUUUUCAAAAGAGAUUUACACACUUGAUAAAUCACCUUGUUGACCUUGGCAGGAAAUUUGAAAAGGAAGAGCUGAAUCUAAAAGUGCUGCAAUGCUUGGAUAGAUCAUGGCAAGCAAAGGUGACAGCCAUUGAAGAAUCAAAGGAUUUGACCUCCUUGACAUUAGCUACUCUCUUUGGGAAAUUAAGGGAGCAUGAGCAAAAGCUGCACAUAUUUGAUGAACAUGAGCAGCAAGAUAAGAAAGGCAAAGGAGUGUCAUUGAAAGCCUUGAAAUCUGCCAAAGGUAAAGAGGUGUGUGAAGAAACAAGCUCCGAUGAUUCCGAAACCGAGAACUUCAAUCUGCUGGUAAAGAAGUUCAGAAAGUUCAUGAGAAGAAAGAAGAAUUCCCCCUACAAAUUCAAUAAGAAGUCAAACAAGAAAGAGGAAGCAAGCACAUCCUCCUUUAAUUGCUUUGAAUGUGGUAAACCGGGACACAUGAAAGCUGAGUGUCCAAAUCUCUUGAAGAAGCAACAAGAGGAGAAGAAAAUUAAGAAAAAUGCAAAAGGAAACUUCAAGAAGCUUUUAUACAAAUUCAUGAAGAAGCUGUCAAAUUAG